AUGUUUAUCUACCUGAGCAAGAAGAUUGCCAUACCGAACAACACGCGCUUGAACUGCAUUGCGUGGAACAAAGAGCAGGGCUAUGUGGCGGUGGGCGGCGAAGAUGGGCUGUUAAAGGUAUUGAAACUUGAACAGGCGAGCAGCUCGACCGUGGCUGCCCAAUCGGGCAAAGCACUGCAGGCGAGCAACCUUUCGAUGAACCAAACACUCGAGGGCCACAAGUCGGCCAUCCAGGUGGUGACCUGGAACGAGUCGCAGCAGAAGCUGACCUCGUCAGACAAGGACGGGGUUAUUAUGGUGUGGAUGCUCUACAAGGGCUCAUGGUACGAAGAAAUGACCAACGAUCGCAAAAAAUCGACCGUCAAAGGGAUGGCCUGGACGGCCGAUGGUCAGAAGAUUUGCAUCGUGUACGAAGACGGCACGGUCAUCGUGGGGUCGGUCGAUGGGAACCGUAUUUGGGGCAAAGAUCUGAAGAACGUUUCGCUGGCCGGCGUUCAGUGGAGUCCCGAUGGGCGGUUGCUGCUGUUUUCGAUCAAAAAUGGCGAAGUCCACCUGUACGACAACCAGGGAAUCUUCGUGAUGAAGCUGCACAUUCAGUGCGUUUACCUUACGCCGGCCAAAAGCCUCUCGGUGGUUGGGCUCUGCUGGUACCACAAGACGGUCUCACCAAAUCGGCCAGUGUUGGCCAUUUGCUACGAAAACGGGCGCAUGCAGUUGAUGCGCAACGAGAACGACGACACACCGGUCGUGGUUGACACGGGACUGCAGGCUGUUUCGUGCAUGUGGAACCACGAUGGAAGCAUUCUGGCGGUUUGUGGCGUAAAAUCGAGCCUCAACAGCGAGAAGGACAGCAGCCAGGUGUUGUUCUACGCUCCGUCCGGUGUGCACAUUCGAACGCUCAAGAUCCCGGGCAAGGAGAUCACAUCGCUGUCGUGGGAAGGCAAAUCGCUUCGGAUCGCCCUUUCGGUUGAUUCGUUUAUCUAUUUUGCCAACAUCCGGCCGGACUAUCGGUGGUGUUACUUCAAUCGUACCGUUUGCUAUCAGGAAGGGUCGGGCAGCGAGGACUUGGACACGGUAACGUUUUGGGAUACCAACUCCAACCAGUGCUACGGAAAGCAGAUCGAUACGAUGAUGUCGAUGGCUGCGUCGGUCGAUCAUUGUGUGAUCGCUGUCGAAACCAAGAUGACCGGCAAGGAGUUUAGUAUCGUAAGUGAGGCGAAGGGAAAGGAUCUGAUGUACCAGCUGCUGAUAUGUAACUCGAUAAGCACGACCGUCGACUCAAAAUACAUCGACAUCCGGCCGGAGUUCAUUACGAUGAACUCGACGCACGUGAUCGUGGCCUCGAAGGAUCACUUUCUGCUGUGGCACUAUCACACACCGAAGGGCGCUUCUACGUUGCAUGGGAGUUUGAAAACGAAACGCGACCGCAAGUACCACAUCGAUGACACGCCCGCUUUGGAGGUGUUAAAUGAUCUCGAUUCUAAAACGGCCGAAGAGAUCCCGUCAAAGGUUGACCCAAGUCAGGAUCCGAUCUGUUGCGUGGCUUCGUCCGAAAGUCUGCUGCUAAUCGGGAGAGAAAGUGGCCUCAUCCACGAGUACACACUGCCACAUCUGGUGCUGCGCAACCGUCACUAUCUGCAAUCGCGCAGCUACAAGCUGGCGAUCAAUUGCAACUCGACUCGAGCCGCCAUGAUCGAUUGUAACGGAGUGUUGACGACUCUCACACUGCGCGACGAUAUGAACGAACUGGACGGUAUGGGCGGGGGCCAGCAGCAGGAGCAAGUGGCCCACAUUGAGCGAAAGGACGUGUGGGCUAUCUGUUGGGCAAAGGACAACCCGCAGCUGCUGGCGAUUAUGGAGAAAACGCGAAUGUACAUCCUGCGCGGAGCCGACCCGGAAGAGCCGAUCACCUGCUCGGGAUAUAUUUGCAACUUUGAAGAGCUGGAGAUUACGGGCGUGCUGCUGGAUGAUAUCAUCAAGGGUGGGGCCACCCCAAACAUGAAGGAGCACAUUCUGCAGUUGCGCGUUAAAUCGCUGCGUGAUACGGAGGAUCUGUUGGCGCAUGUUGGCAUUCCGGAGGCGAAGCAAUUUAUUGAAGACAAUGCGCAUCCACGGUUGUGGCGCCUGCUGGCGGAAGCGUCCCUCAAGAAGCUCGAUCUCGAGACAGCCGAAGCGGCUUUCGUGCGCUGCAAUAACUAUCCUGGCAUUCAGCUCAUCAAGCGUCUGAAAACGAUCCAGCUGGAGGCGCUGCAGCGGGCCGAGAUCUGUGCGUUCUUUGGCGAGUUCGAUGAGGCUGAGAAGCUGUACCUGGACGUGGAUCGGCGCGAUUGUGCGAUCCGGCUGCGGCAAACACUGUGCGAUUGGUUUCGCACGGUGCAGCUGUAUCGGCUCGGGCCGGGAAUCUCGGACCAGCAGAUGGAGAACGCGUGGCGCGAGAUUGGCCACCACUACAUGAAUAUUCGGGCGUGGGACAGCGCGAAGGAGUACUACGAAAAGGCGCAUCACAUCGAGGGACUAAUGGAUGCACUGUACAACCUGGAACAGUAUGACGAACUGGUCGGCUGCAUGCACCGGCUGCCGGAGAAGAGCCAACAGUUGGGGAAGUUGGGCCAAAUGUUGGCCACGGUUGGAAUGUGUGAACAGUCGGUGGCUGCGUAUCUGAAGCUCGGCGACGUAAAGUCAGCCGUUUCGACCUGCAUCGGCCUGCGUCAGUGGGGUCUGGCGGUGGAGUUGGCGCAAAAGUACAAGAUGCCCCAAAUUAACACGCUGCUCAGUAAACACGCAGCCCAGCUGCUGCAGGAAGGCAAGCUACCGGAGGCGAUCGAACUACAGCGUAAAGCAGGCCGCUUUCUCGACGCUGCGCGGUUGCUGGUGAAGAUGGCAGAGGCCGAGGCGGAGAAGAAGUCUGACUACGUGCGCAUCAAGCAGCUCUACGUACUGUCCGGGCUGCUGGCGGAGGAAUACAUCGAGAAGCAGCUCGCGGUGCAAGCGGCCGGUAGCCGCGCUGCGGUCCUUUCGCAGCUCAACCCCGAAGACGCUGUGCUGAUUGAGCAGAUUUGGCAUCAUGCCGAAGCGUAUCACUACAUUCUUCUGGCGCAACGGCAGCUUCGCUCGGGGCUACUGCAUAGCGCAGUAAUCACGGCGCUCCGACUUCGCGACUACGAAGACGUGCUGGAAGUGGAGACCCUGUACUCCCUACUGGCCCUGGCCGCCUGUGCCGAUCGUUCAUUCGGGACGUGCUCGAAAGCGUUCAUCAAGCUGGAAUCGAUCGAAACGAUCACCGAAUCACGCCGUCAGCAGUACGAGGAGCUGGCCGUUAACAUCUUCUCGCGGUACGAACCGAGGGACAACAAGUUGAAGCACAUUAGCUGCUUCACCUGUGAAACACCGGUGGCCGAUGCUUGCACCCUGUGCCCGAGCUGCGGAAGUCGCUUUCCACCGUGCAUCGCUUCCGGGCAACCGCUAAUGAACCCAACCGGUGCGUGGCAGUGCCCUGGCUGCUAUCACGUAGCGAACCCGCUCGAGAUAACGUCCCGGAAGACGUGUCCCUUGUGUCACCGGUUGCUAGCGCCACCGAAGGGUGCGAUAGAGAUUUAG